AUGGCUUCUCUAACCUUCAUGUCAGUCAAUGCAAGGGUUUGUCCAGCCCAAUCCGCUCCAGCCCGAGUCUCUUGUAGCUCAACCCGAUUUAUCUCGUUCGCCAAGUCCCACAGCUCGCUGAAGCUCAGCUCCACGCACAGCAUAUCGGGUUCUCUCUCAGUUCUUUCGUCGAAGCCAUGCCCCGUCUCCUCGCUGUCUCAGAGGCUCCAAUCUCUCACCGUCUUCGCUGCCAAAGGGUACAAAAUGAAGACCCAUAAGGCCUCAGCGAAGAGGUUCAGGGUGACGGGAAGAGGGAAGAUAGUGAGGAGGCGAGCUGGGAAGCAGCAUUUGCUGGCUAAGAAGAACACCAAGAGGAAAUUGCGCCUAUCCAAAAUGCACGAAGUCAGCCGGAGCGACUACGACAACGUGAUUGGUGCACUGCCGUACCUGAAAGUGAACAGAUUGGCAAAGUAG